AACGGCUCUCAUGAUUGUCACAAGGCCAUCAUUUCCUUGAUUAAGCACUCUUCCCUCUGCAGAUCCCGGAAUCAGAGACGCUUUGCCACUGAGGCCUGAACGAAAUGUGUAAUCUGCUCAAAAUAAAGGCGAAUUUCUCUUUGCUCGCUGCUGCAGAGGCACCAUAGGAUGCCUUUGAUUUGCCUUAGCCUGACAGUGUAUCAUCCGAGAUGCAACCGGGUGUCACAGCACAGAAAUAGAGCUUAUUUCUUCGCUUCAGUCUUCUAUAAAUAUUCCAAAGCUCUCUUUUCUCCUCCCCCCUCCCUCUUUCCACUGUUUGUCCAUUUUUAUUCUGCCUCCCACAUCUUCCCUUUCCCCUCUGCUCCUCUUCUGUAACGUGCAGUACUGUGGCUCACUCAUCCCUCCUCUCAUUUCAUUCCUGCAGAGCUGUCCUUCCACAGAUUUCCUUCAGCCUCAUGGUUAAUCUCAUCUAAGCAAGUGUUUGCUUCAAAUAUAGGAACGUUUACAAAGAUGGGGGAAAAAAAAGAGAGGCCAGGCUCUGAUUUUUAUCUUUAAACAGUUAGCGCAGGGUGCCAUCCUCCCUAACCUAUCAGUGGGAGAAGUAAGAGUGCCACCUAUAAAGUCAGCAGUCCCCCAACCCCCAUCCUGAACACAUGUUCAACAUCCUCUGGGCACAGGCUGAGUGGAGCGCUGAGACACAGCUGAGAAAUAGAGAGGAAGAGCGGGAGAGAGAGAGGAAGAGGGCGCAGUGAAGUGGAAAUAUGGGUGAGCAUUAGAGAAAGACAGAAAUAGAGCGAUAAAGCAGUGAAUUAGGCAGAGGCAGGGAGAGGAGGAGGAGGAGGAAGAGGAGGAGGCAGUCUUUCACUGAUGCUUGAUGCAGUUAGAUUCUCAUACAGCAGCAGAGAGCCGUCGUCGAGCGUGGAUGAGAGAACCUCAUGGAUUUGCUCCCGUCUGAGUCUCGGUGGAAUUCAUUGCAUCCGAAGCAGCUGCAGACGGAGGAGGAGGAUGCUGCGAUUAUGGCUGGAUGUUAGGAUCCAUGCGGGCCUGUGAUGUCUGCGUCCUUCCUCAGGAUGACUCUGACCCAGAUCGUGGAGUCGCGGCACUGCUCCUCCUCGGGUGGUCUGCCGAUGUGAGGCGGACGAGGGAUGCUCUGGACCUCGGCGGUCACCGCUCAGCCCGCUGCCUCUGCUGACAUCUGUCUCCGUGGAUACGCACAGCAGCUGGAAGGCUACGCCAUCAAGACUGAUCCGUGAUAAUAAUCCCCAGCUGGAGAACAAACAACAUCUGGGUGUGGAGAGAAGGGAGAGGGCGAAGCCUCAGCUGGGUGGGCGGCAGAUGGUGACACUGCAGCAACACUUCUCCAGCAUGGAGGAGACGGUGCGAACGCUACUACAGAACCAGGACUCACUGGAAGGGCCCAAGGUGGACCCACUGGACCUUAUGAAAGCAUACAAGGACAAACUCCUGGAGGAAAUGUGGAAGCAACAGGACAGUCUGGAGGGUCCCAUGUCUGCCACACCAACAGCAGAGAUGUCCACCUCACCCGAGGCCGGUGGUGGCGACGGCGCAUCAGAGGACAAUUCAAAGGACAGCAAUCCCCUGUUGGAGCGGCUCAGAGCGCUCGAGGCGGAAAACUCUGCUCUGUCGAUGGAAAACGACAACCAGAGGAAGCAGUACGAACGCUGUUUGGAUGAGGUGGCUAAUCAGGUGGUCCAGGCUCUUCUCACGCAAAAGGACCUCAAAGAGGAGUGUGUGAAGCUGCGGACCCGUGUGUUUGACUUGGAGCAACAAAACCGCAUACUGAGCGUGCUGUUUCAACAACGUGUCAAAAUGUCCACGACUCCCAUCUCCCAGGAGGUCCAAAGGAAUGGAAAAGCAGGAAUUCCUGCAGGACGGUGGCCCAGCCUGCUGAGUCUAACGUGUCCACGCAGCAGCGGCAGCGGCAGUGGCAGUGAGCUUUCACUCUCCAGCGCUUGCAGUGAAUAUUCCAGUGGCUCCCACACUUGGGCAGAGGGACGUGGCUACUCAAAGCAGUGUGCCUCAAGCCGAGACAAAAGGAUGAGUACUGGUUCAGUAUCCAGCAAUCACUCAGCUGCUCUGGAGCACACAGACCUGGGAUGGAAGGAAGGUCACAUUUUGAAAGGCCUCAAACGUCUUCAAAUGUCCAACUCCAAGGGGACUUCCUCCCUUCCAUCUGUACCACACUGCAAAGACUGUAUGACUUCAAACGAGGGUAUAUAUUCACUUGGUGUCAAGUUUGCCCAGCAAGGGACUACAGCCAAGCAAGUAGCCCCUACAAGUAAACCUUUCAAGGCAGAAGCAAGGAUUUCCAUUGUAGACUCUGAUGAUGCGGAUGACGAAUCGCCUAAAGUACCAAACAGUGAAUCCAGUGACCUGCCAGCAAAAGAACUUCUAAACUUGGACAAGUUGGAGGUCACUCAGGAAUUUGAAGUAGAUCCUGUGAAACUUUCAGGGAACUCUGGUCUGUUUCCUUCACCUGUCACAGACAACUUCUUAUUUCUGGAGGGCCCCACAGUUAAACCUGGUGUAAGCCCAACUGAUAGCCUUACACAUCUGGAGGAAAUGAACACAGAUUCACUAGAAAAGCAUAAAGGCAUAAAGCUGAGUGACAGAAACAAUAACCAGGAAAGAUCCACUGACCGUAAAUCCAGGCUUGAUUAUGUCAAACGACAACAGGGAAGAGUGUCCUCCAAACAAGUGGAAGUGGGAACAGGUGAUGUUGGCUCAACAGUUCAACAUACUGUACCAAGAGCUCUGUGCUGCAUGAAUGAAGCCAGGCAGCGCAGCUCCUCAAUGGAAGUUCCUCAUCGUAGAGACCCAAUUAGUCAAGCCGGUGGUGACCGCCAGGACUACUCCGUCUCAGAAUCUCCUCAGAGGAAACCAAAACCUCAGCUCUGCGACUCAGCAAGAAAGGCUUUUAUUUUGCGGAGCAAGAGUGCAGAUGGAGGACCAGAACAACAAAAGCACACACAUUCUCCUCUACAUCAAAAGCUUAUCAAGGGUCAAAGGCCCAAAGGACAGCCCAGCCCUAACCCUACAGGGAGCAGUGCCCCUAGCAAAAGGACAAAUUUAAAUAAAACCCAUGGUUCAACCAAGAGCACAUUAUCUAAAACUGAGAAAGAUGAGGAUAAUUCAGCAUCAUCAAGUUCCAAGUCUCUUGAGAAGAUGCAAAAGUGCUCACCUCUUGUUUCUCCCGUGAAACAUUCAAAGAUAUUUAAGUCUACAGGGGUCAGUGAUGGCUUAAAGAGUCCCACAAAAUCACAAAUAGCCAGACUUCAGUCAAGCAAUGACUCUUCGGAAGACGGUAUCUAUGACAACUUACCAUGCUCUCCACGAAAACAGCGACGCCAGGACCAUGACUGUGAUUCAGAACUCAGAUCCCUAUCCCCUCCGCGACCGCCAGGUCGAACUACUUCUCUUCUCCUCAGACCUAGUAGUGACAGCUUUCCCAAAGAUCAGACAUCUCCAGGGCAGGCUCAAAGUUCAAUGACUGGCCCAACCAAGAUGCAUACACAUCAGGUUUCUUCAGUUGUACAACCUCAACAAUCCAGUGCAAUACUAGAUGGUCAACAUGCAGCCCCACAAAUGGGCGCUGAAGGUAAAAUGUACCACACCCAUUCAUCUAUGAUACCUCCUGGUGUAGUUCAAGAAUCACAACCAGCUUCAGAAUCCACACGGGUAUCUACAGACAGAGCUACCAUGAGCUAUAUUGAAAAUGGUGUUCCCUCUGUAUUGCCAAAUCAGAGCAUCUUGCAAAGAUCCCAACAGAGUGUCAGUGAGCCAAAACUCUCAGAAGUCUUACCACCAGCAUAUUCUAAUGCAUACUACCAGCCCCAGACUUCCUCUUCAAGAGCCGUAAAAAGGACUCUUCCUGUAAAUGCCAAAUCUCAUGAGGCAAUCGCUGGACAAGAAGCAAACACCUUCCUCAUUUUUGGAAGGCAAAACAAGGACGAUAUGAACCCUUCUGGAAGAAGCAUCCAGACCUUUCAGACUUUCACGUGUGACGCCCAGACAAUACAUGAAUCCAGCACUCAUGAUAACACCCGCAGAAAGAUUGAGACCCGUUGCAACUCGCUAGAUUCUGAGCCUUCUGGCCAACCUGUUGUGUCAGACAACGGUGUAAUGCUAGACUGGGGAUUUGACGAGGAAGGCUGGCUGUUUAAAAGGUCUGUAUCUGUUUCUACUAGACCUCCUCUUAAACCAGUACUGGGCAUGAAUGGGGCCAAAGCUCGUAGUCAGAGCUUUGGUGCACGCUAUAUGGACAGACCAAGCUUCAACAGAUCUGGAAAGGUCCGCACACAGAUCAAAACACACUCAGGGAGCUCCUUGAACUCUCUUGGUGAUGUCCUCCCAGGAAGUAUGAGCUGCUCCAGUAGCUACCACUGUCCAAUGAAUCGAUCCCUCUUAAACAACUUUUUGAUUGAAGAGGGACUAGCAGUUCCUUUACAUCUGGGGUCCUCCAGUGAAAGACUCCAAAGUCUCAAACUCCAGCGUGAGCAGGCUAGGCGACUUCAGAUAGAGCAACAGUUUUCGAGCGCCUUUGGGGAGCCAGUUUCUGAAGAGCCUGAGAGACAAAGUACCAUAACUACCAUUGAAGAGAAAGUGAUGCUCGGCAUAGAGGAGAACUUGCACAAGUCUCAGGAACAAGAGCGAACCAGUGAGGUGAAGCAAAAAUCUGGAUCAAGCUUAGCAAGUUGGUUCGGCUUUCGUAAGAGUAAGCUUCCUGCUCCCAGCAAAAAGGCUGAGCCCCCAAAAGGAAAAGAUGACAAGAGGGAGCAAAAGAUCACAUCGCUUCUGGGCGGAAAGCAGACAAAGUCUGACAAGAAGAGAGACAGAAGAAAAAGUGAUGGAAAAGACAGCUCUGUGGGGAGAAGAGAGUCUCAUGAUGCAGUGCGGGCAUGCAUCUCAAUGCCCUGCCCGGGUAUGUCCCUGAGUGAGAUACAAGGACAUGCUGACAUCAUCGGGGACCCGAAGAUGCAGAUGAUGAACAGAAGAUCUGACAGUGAAAAUGGAUCCACGGUGAAGAGCCCGAACCAGGAUGCAGUAAUAGGCUCCGGCUGCAAGAUGCGAACGUUGGACAGUGGAAUCGGGACCAUCCCCCUUCCUGAAUCCUGUUCCUUCUUCUCCUCCAUCCUGCACCUCCUCCCCAAAUCCUCAUCAACCCCAGAGCAAUCCCUCAGUCCUCCCAGUGUCCUUGGCUCCUCCAGCGAGGACGCGUCUCCUUCCCCGUUACCCCGGUGGAGAAUUCCCUCCAGCUAUAAGGACGGCAGCCAUGCAGGGGUGCUGAACUCUCUGUCCGAUUCCUCCAUGACCCAUAUCCAGUCAGUGCCUUUCCCCACUGUGGCCUUCCUCCAGCCCAUCCAAACCCCGUCUGAACCCAUUAUGACCUCUGCCAGUGUGUGUGAAACCCAGAGCAGGCUACCCAGAGCACCACAAGGUGGAUUGGAACCAAAGAAGUUGACCUAUAUUAAAUCGAAAACACGAGCCACUCCGAGCCAACAGAAAGAACAGACGAGACUUCAGCUGGCCAACUAGUUUCUGAAGCUGGAUGAGUCAACUUGAAGCGAGAAAUCAAGCGACUGGGUGGACUUAUCGCCGAGCCACACAUGGAGGACCUCCAAAUCCCACAGUUUGGAUUCUGUGUCCAGAUGAAAUGCUCAGAAGUGGGACAAAAAGCCAGCUUGGCAUUGUUAGGCUUCCACCUCUGCUCAGUGUAGCGUUAAGAUACCGAGAAGCCUUUCAGGUGUAGCAACGAACUGUCUGGCAGCCAUUUUGGAGGUCUGCAUCUUGUUUGGCAUCAGCUGUGAGCAGCUGAUUGUAUUUAUCUGCAACAGACUUUUCUCCACAGAAAAACAUUGUUUUUUUUCUUGAAAAAAGUUUAAAAUGUACAUUUAGCAUGUUUAAAAUCUUAAAAGCUACUGUAGCAUUAAAAGAGCUACCUAUAAUCUUAAAAUAUUCUAAUUGUGGGUGUGAUCAUGGACUAUAAAAACACAAUGGACAUAGCUACGAUUAGUCACCCACUGGUUGACAAAAUCCUGUAUUUGAAACUUCAAGCGCAGCAAAUUCAUUGUCACAUCUUAACAUUCUCUUAAAAACCCAUCAUACAUUUGAAAAAUAAAAAUAAUUUAAAAAUAGACAGAACCCAUAAACUCAUCAGAGAAGCACCUACUAAAGUCAUAAAUCAAAGGAGAGGAGUUAACAUGAGUCAGAACUAAAUCAAAGGAGUUCUUCCCGCUGUCUUUCAUACACCGGCAAGUCUGAGGAGCCCGCCCCCCGCUGGCCACGAGAAAGAAUGCAGGUUUAACGUACUUCCACAUUGGUUUCAUGUUUCCAAGCUGAAAGUUACAUUGAUAAAGUCGAGCUCAUGUUAGUAGCCAUCAGCUGUUUUUCACAUAUUAAAGCUCACUUUUUAAGCUUAUUUAAAGUGGUCAUAAAACGCUGCACAUAUAAAGACAAAUUUACACAUGGAGCCCUGCUCUCAAAAACUGACAUAGAUGUAAAACUGUCUGUGAAGCUUGAUUUAAGAAUUAAGUGCUUAAAGUUUUAAAAACAUGUUUAUGCCAUCUUCUGUUAGUACGGAACAUUAUGUCACCAGGUUGGCUGGUUGCUGCUAACAGCAACUCUGAUAAGGACAAGCGGAAGAAAAUAGAUGGAUAUACUGUCUGCUUUCACUCUCUAUUUCUUAAGCAGUAAGUGGUUCUUUUUUAUUUGACUAUCUGCAUAAACACAGGAAAAUCCACCUGUUAGCUGUAAUUUGGGGGUUCGUAAAGCACUUGUUUGAGACCAGCAGACAUGACCGCUUGGUAAAUCAGAGUUUAUGACUCCAGCUUGUUGGUCCAGUGAACCACCUGUCAGCUGACUCAAACAGGCGCUCCUCCACACUGUCCUCAUUUAUAAAGUGCUUUACAAACCUGGACAUUACAGCUAACAGGUAGGUUUUUCUGUGUCAGUGCAGCUAGCCAAUCAACUACAUAAGAAAUAGAAAGUGAAAGUGGACAGUAUAUCCUUGGUUUUAACAUAAAGCUCAUUGUUGCAGCCAGGGGCAGCACAAAAGUGACCCCCCUUAGAUUGUUUUUUUUAUUGUUCGUGUCCUUAAUUUUUCCACAUUUAUUGGUUCUGUACUAGUUAGCUAACAUAAACUAAUGUAAGUCUAUUGACAACAACCAACCAACCAAGUGACAUAAUGUUCCCGGUGGCACUAAACACGAUUUUAAAACUUUUACUUUAAGCUUUUAUUUCUUAAAUUCAGCUUCACAGGCAGUUUUACAUCUAUAUCAGUUUUUGAGAGCAGGGCUAAGUGGUAUAAAUUAGCCUUUUUACAUGUAGUGUUUCAUGUCCACUUUAAGAUGGACCUGACAAAACCAUUUCCGUUAUUUUAGUCUAUAUACAGCAUUCAUUCACAACAGGGAUCUACCAAUUUUGAUAAGUCUAACUACAUGUAGCAUCAAUGCAGCCCACAGAGACUGUGAUUAGCAUUUUCCAUACUGUUGUUUCCUCCUAUGCAUUUCCAGUUUCUAUUUCUUCUGUUGCCAUUUUUAAAAUUGACCAGAUGAGAAAUUUGGAGAGAAACGCCGCUCAUGUAGACUAUGCCAUAGGCUGUACAUGGAUUCAAAGCAGAUGUGCAACAAAUCUGUCUGUACUGUUAAAUUCAGUUUUUCUCCACAACAUUUCUGGAUUCGGACGCUGUAGCUCGAGGGAGCCAUGCUAGCCAUCACUGUUGAGCUUCAGCAAAACUUAGAGUAUUGAAUAUCGGGUGAGUCAUCUAGGCUGUGACAGAGAAACAUAAGCAUUUCACCUGCAGACCUCCAUAAUGGCACUGGCUGUCUCUCCUUAAAGGUCAUGUAGCCACAUUUAUUUACAUUUUCCAGCCAUGUGUGAACAUUUUAUUAAAGGUUUAAGAUUUAAGUCUGCUCCAGACAAAAUGACGAUCUAAGCUAGGAUACAUACGUGAUAUAUUUUCCCAUUGGCUCACCAAAACUCGAGAUUACAGCGUUAUCCUAUGUACAGCACUACCUACUGAUUGCCAUUAAUGAGCUAUUUACCUGACUGAGUAAUGUGAUUCUCUAAAGUGUGCACUAACUACUUUUUAUUGUCACUGUGUUAAUAUCCACUUGCAUGCACUCACCCUCUAUAAUUUACUCUGAUCCCAGUGAUGCUUCAUAUGAACUGUUUUAUUACAAGAAGUUUAAAAAAAAGCGUAAAUAUUAUUUCACAUACUCCGACACUGUUUUGUAGGUAAAUGUUGCACGUUUCAUUUUGAAUUUAAACUCCUCACAUGUAAGCUGCUUUUUGUACGUUUCCACAGCUAUGACAUCAGGACAAAGCAGUGAGUUUGCAUGUAAUGUUAGAGUGGUAACGCACCCAGUUGUCAGCAUGCUAGCUCAGGGAAAUUUAUUGUCUCUGGUCGAAGCUAUGGAUUAAACUUUAAUACGUACAGCUUUCAUUAAAGCAUGCGAACAGAUCCCACAGGGAGGAUUCACAUGUACACGUUUCUGCCACAGCAACAAAAGACCAGUUACGUCUUUUUUGCUGGACUGAACUCUUUCAUUGCUUUGCUCAUAUUUAAGGUAAACUAAAGAACUUGUAAAUAUUUUGAGAACUUCAACUCUUUGGACAUCCUGUUUUAUGGGGGCACUUGUAAAGUAGUCCAGAACAGGGGAAGCUCUAUGAAGCUAAUGCAGAAGGACAUUUACAUUUUUAGGCUACAACUCCAGCAGAACCGCUUUAUUUCUGGACUAAUUCAAGAGACCCUCUCUAGUUUUUACAAGAAAUAUAGUAGAACAGCUUCUUAGCAUAAGCAAAUCAAAGCUAAGAGUUCCACCACUGAGUUUGGGAAUGUAGAACGUUGCCAAAGUUAAGGUGUGCUUAUGACGGAAUCUCGUGCACGUGAAUCCCCUCUUUCCUGGACUUAAUAUUUUCCGCUUCACAGUUUGCACGUUUUAUCUCUUUAAGAAGUACACUGUGUCCUGUUCUUCUCUCUUUUGUGUUACAAAUCUGACUAGCUCACUGUUUUGUGUUAUUUGUUUAAUAAAGUGACUCAGAUGUCUUGCAGCAAUUCAAGGGUUGCACUUUUCUAAAAUUUUCAAGGCAACCAAAAGUACAGAGACCUCCCCCCCCUUUUUUUUUACUAACUCAAGAGCAUCCCUUGUGGAAGUCAACAGUGUGACAGUUUUCAAUUAUAUGGCAAGUUUUUUAGUUGAAAUUUUCGCAACUUAUCAGUGUAACCAAAGCUAACAGUUCUACUACUUUGUUUCAGAAGGUAAAAGAUCUCUAAAGUCAAAGUGAGGUGUAGCCUGAAUCACAUAACAUGAAUCCUCUCUUUCCUGGACUCAGUAUUUCUCUAUUGCCACUUCUUUUCUGCACAUUUAUCUGUAAGAUAUCUGAGUCUCUUUCUUUAAGAAGUACACUGUGUCCUUUAUUCUGCUGUUUUUGGUGUUACGAAUGCAUCCCGGCACAUUUGACGAUUUUAACCCACCCACCCCCCUGCGCCUUUAUCGAUACUUAUCAUGUGUAGAUAUUUGCCGAAAUGCAUCUUUUCACACCAUCGGUAAUAAACUGAUUGCAUAUACAGAACAUGAAUGCACCUGAAUCUACAUAUCAGACUCAUCAAGGUGAUGAUAGCCAUAUUCUUUUCACAUGAUGUAUAGCUACAAAGCACCGCACAUUAUCAUCAGUAUUAACUGUAUUUACCUCUUCUUUGUUGAUGGUACUAUUUGUAAAAAUGCAGCAGUAGCAGAACAUUUAUAUGUGUAAUAAAUAUGUAGCGUACGCAGGUGAGACGAGGAUCAGGGAACAGAUUGGCUGCACUGAUACGGGUAGAUGAAGCAUGGCGUCUGUGUUUUUAAAACAGCUCACAUCACGAAGAGCGUUACUCUCACGAGGGUUGUAUUUUUCUAGCAUUUACUCCAAUGUCCUGUAUCUGUACCUUGCACUGAUGAGUGUAUUUUGCCAUUUAUUAGCACUUGUUGUCACUCACUAUCACAGUAACUCUCCUCCUAAAUGUCUUUAUAUUUCCAGAAUCCAAAUAAUAACAGUGAUGUUCUUGUGUCAGCUUAUCAGUACAAACUGAGAGUUGUUUAUUACUGAUAUUCUUUGUUUAUUGUCAGAGAAAAAAUAAACGAUUUCAGUACUGGGACGACAUUAA